AUGUCUCUUUUUCUUUGCUGCACAGGAUUGAGCCCAAUGGUGCAAAACAAGGUACAAGGUACAUUGGGCAGAGUAUGGGGACACAGUGUUGUGCGUGUAUCAGAUACCUAUUUCUUGGCGGUAUGUAAUUGUGGUUUCACCAAUACACAACGCUCAUCACUUUUUAAACGGCAAAUCACGCGAUUACUAGUAAACCCAUACCUGGUAUUUACCACAAGGAAACUUCCCAAGCGAAAUCGAAACUCGAUCUCUCUCUUUCUCGACCUUGUUAGUCUGGCGCUCGCAUAUCUGCAUUACCUCUCUUACAGCUCUCCGCUUCUUCGAUUGACUAGCUCCUAG